GGAACCCCCCGCGCCCGCCGGUCGGUCUGUCUGUCCGUCCACCCGCACGCCCGGGGCGCGGGCCGCCAAGGGGGGUGGGCUCGCCGAGGCCCAUCCGCCUCCUCGGCCGCCCCUGCUCCCGGAGCUGGCCGUCAGCGGCCUGUCGCCUGGCUUCGGGGAAGGCUUGGGGGAGGGGCCCCCGGAUUCUCUUGUUUUAGGGGCAUCUCCAGCUUGCGGCUCCUCUCUUAAGGGGUUCGGAGUUGGGGGUCUUCCCAAUCCCCUACAGUAUCCUUUCUCCUGGGGGACGCAUACCCUGUCCAUUUCGGAUAGGAACCCGAGUCUAACGGAGGCAGAAAAAUGGGGGUUUGGAUCAGCCUUCGCUCUUUGGUUCUAAGGAGGGCUCCUUAGGAUGGGGGCUCUCGUGCACUUUUCAUUUUUUGGCGGGAGGUGUUUUCUAGCUUCCCCCUUGAAGGCAGGCAGGGAAGAUGGUGAGUUGGAAGAAGGUGAACUGGAAGACGAUGGGGCUGAGGAGACCCAGGAUACCCCUGGAGGACAGGAGAGGAGUCGGAAAGAAAAGGGAGAGAAGCAUCACAGCGACUCGGAUGAGGAGAAGUCCCACAGGAGGCUGAAGCGGAAGCGGAAGAAGGAGCGGGAGAAGGAAAAGAGGAGGUCCAAGAAAAGGCGGAAAUCCAAGCACAAACGCCAUGCUUCCUCCAGCGAUGACUUCUCGGACUUCUCAGAUGACUCAGAUUUCAGCCCCAGUGAGAAGGGUCACCGCAAGUACCGGGACUAUAGUCCCCCAUAUGCACCAUCCCACCAGCAAUACUCCUCGUCACACAACACACCACUGCCCAAGAAGUCCUACUCCAAGAUGGACAGCAAGGGGUACAGCAUGUACGAGGACUACGAGAACGAGCAGUAUGGGGAGUACGAGGGGGAUGAAGAGGAGGACAUGGGUAAGGAAGACUAUGAUGACUUCACCAAAGAACUGAACCAGUACCGGCGUGCCAAGGAGGGCAGCAGCAGGGGCAGAGGUAGCCGAGGCCGAGGCAGGGGCUACAGGGGCCGUGGGAGCCGAGGAGGAUCUCGAGGCCGAGGCAUGGGCAGGGGCGGCCGCGGCCGAGGCCGAGGCUCCAUGGGGGAGCAUCCAGAGGACGAGGAGGACUUGUAUGAGGAGGAGGCAGAGUAUGGAGAAAGUGAGGAGCCCAUGGGAGACGAGGAUUAUGAUGACUAUUCCAAGGAGCUGAACCAGUACCGCAGGUCCAAGGAUAGCCGAGGUCGAGGGUUAAGUCGAGGCCGAGGCCGUGGUUCCCGAGGAGGCCGAGGGAAGGGGAUGGGCCGGGGCAGAGGUCGAGGCGGCAGAGGUGGAAUGAGCAAGGGCGGAGUGAAUGAUGAUGAGGACUUCUACGAUGAUGACAUGGGCGACGGUGGAGGCGGAGGCUACCGGCGGAGUGACCACGACAAGCCCCACCAGCAGUCUGACAAGAAAGGCAAAGUCAUCUGCAAGUACUUCGUGGAGGGGCGGUGCACCUGGGGAGACCACUGCAAUUUUAGCCAUGAUAUUGAGCUACCGAAGAAGCGAGAGCUGUGCAAAUUUUACAUUACGGGGUUCUGUGCUCGUGCUGAGAACUGCCCCUACAUGCACGGUGACUUUCCAUGUAAGUUAUACCACACCACUGGGAACUGUAUCAAUGGUGACGACUGCAUGUUCUCCCAUGACCCGCUGACGGAAGAGACACGAGAGCUCCUAGAUAAGAUGUUGGCUGAUGAUGCAGAAGCAGGUGCUGAGGACGAGAAGGAAGUAGAGGAGCUGAAGAAGCAGGGCAUCAACCCUUUGCCCAAGCCACCUCCUGGUGUAGGGCUCCUGCCUACUCCUCCGCGGCCCCCUGGGCCUCCAGCCCCCACCUCUCCUAAUGGCAGGCCCAUGCAAGGUGGCCCUCCUCCACCACCGCCUCCUCCUCCACCACCUCCUGGACCUCCUCAGAUGCCCCUGCCAACACAUGAGCCACUGUCUCCACAGCAGCUACAGCAGGACAUGUACAACAAGAAGAUCCCCUCUUUGUUUGAGAUUGUGGUGCGGCCCACGGGGCAGCUAGCUGAGAAGCUGGGCGUGAGGUUCCCUGGGCCCGGUGGACCCUCAGGGCCAAUGGGUCCUGGCCCCAACAUGGGACCCCCAGGGCCAAUGGGAGGACCCAUGCAUCCUGACAUGCACCCCGACAUGCACCCAGACAUGCACCCCGACAUGCACCCUGACAUGCAUCCUGACAUGCACCCCGACAUGCACCCUGACAUGCCAAUGGGCCCUGGCAUGAACCCUGGCCCUCCCAUGGGUCCUGGUGGCCCCCCAAUGAUGCCCUAUGGUCCUGGAGACUCCCCACAUUCUGGAAUGAUGCCUCCUAUCCCGCCAGCCCAGAACUUCUAUGAGAACUUCUACCCGCAGCAAGAGGGCAUGGAAAUGGAGCCGGGUCUUGUUGGAGAUGCAGAGGACUACGGGCACUACGAAGAGCUGCCGGGGCAGCCUGGGGAGCCCCUCUUCCCUGAGCACCCUCUGGAGCCUGACAGCUUCCCCGAGGGAGGGCCCCCAGGCCGGCCGAAGGCGGGCGCCGGUGUACCCGACUUCUUGCCCUCGGCUCAGAGGGCCCUGUACCUGAGGAUCCAGCAGAAGCAGCAGGAGGAGGAGAGAGCGAGGAGGCUGGCUGAGAGCAGCAAACAGGACCGGGAGAAUGAGGAAGGUGACACUGGAAACUGGUACUCAAGUGACGAGGAUGAAGGGGGAAGCAGUGUCACAUCCAUCCUCAAGACCUUGAGGCAACAGACAUCAAGCCGACCCCAGGCUUCAGUCGGGGAACAGAGCAGCAUUGGGCUAGGGGAUCCCCGCCUCCAGAAGGGACACCCCACAGGAAGCCGGCUGUCUGACCCCCGCCUCAGCCGGGACCCCAGACUCAGCCGCCACGCAGAGACUUCAGGAGGGUCUGGCCCAGGGGACUCGGGGCCCUCUGACCCUCGGUUGGCUCGUGCUCUGCCCACCUCCAAGGCUGAAGGCAACCUUCAUUCCAACCCUGCAGGCCCCAGCAGUUCAAAAGGACAGCCCCCUGCGGAAGAGGAGGAAGGGGAGAGAGCCUUGCGGGAAAAGGCAGUGAACAUUCCCCUGGACCCUCUGCCUGGACACCCACUACGGGACCCUCGCUCUCAGCUGCAACAGUUCAGCCACAUCAAAAAGGAUGUGACCCUGAGCAAGCCGAGCUUUGCUCGUACCGUGCUCUGGAACCCUGAAGACCUGAUCCCCCUGCCCAUCCCCAAGCAGGACGUGCCCCCAGUGCCUGCUGCCCUGCAGUCCCUACCUGCUCUAGAUCCUAGGCUACACCGCUCCACACCCCCUGGGCCUCCCAACACCCGGCAGCGUCCAGGCUCCACAGAUCCCAGCACCUCUGGCUCUAACCUACCUGACUUUGAACUCCUCUCUCGAAUCCUCAAGACUGUCAAUGUCAAUACCCCUGGCCAGAGUGAAAAGCCCAGCGAUCCCAGGGUGCGGAAGACCCCUACUGACCCCAGGUUACAGAAGCCAGCAGAUCCUGCGGCAGCCUCCCGUGCAGCCAAGCCCUGUCCCACCGAAGCAUCGCCUCCUGCUGCCAGCCCAAGCGGGGAUUCAUCCCCACCGGCCACGGCUCCCUAUGACCCCCGAGUGCUGGCGGCUGGUGGCUUGGGCCAGGGCAGCAGCAGCGGGCAGAGCAGUGUGCUGAGUGGUAUCAGCCUAUAUGACCCAAGGACUCCCAAUGCAGGUGGCAAAACUGCAGAGCCAGCUUCUGACACAAGUGCUCAGCCCAAGGGUCCUGAGGGCAAUGGCAAGGGCUCCACCUCCAAGGCGAAAGAGCCUCCGUUUGUCCGGAAAUCUGCCCUAGAGCAGCCAGAGACAGGGAAGGCCAGCGCAGAUGGGGCCACAGCCACGGACAGAUACAAUAGCUACAACCGGCCCCGGCCCAAGGCCACCGCAGCCCCCACUGCUGCCUCAUCUACCCCGCCCCCUGAGGGGGCCACACCCCAGCCUGGGGUACACAACCUGCCAGUGCCCACUCUCUUUGGGACUGUAAAGCCGACCCCCAAAACAGGCACAGGGAGCCCAUUUGCUGGCAACAGCCCUGCCCGUGAGGGUGAGCAGGAUGCGGGGUCCCUGAAGGACGUUUUUAAAGGCUUUGACCCCACAGCCUCCCCCUUCUGCCAGUAGUGUCAGUGGGGGCCAGUGCUCCCUCCACUCCACCACCCUCCCAGGGUGACAUUUAAGGGCAGCAACCAGAGUUUCAGGCGGGAGGUGGGGCAGCUGGGCAGGGUGUUCUUUCUUCACAUUUUUCUUCCCUUUCCCCCUUUUUUAAAUAGUACUUUCUUUGAAUCAUAAAUUGUAUCUAACCAUCUUGGGUUCUGGUCAGUGCUGCAGGCUCCUGGGCUCCCCUCUGCCCAGUGAGCAACUUAUACCCUGCAUUGGAUAGUGGCAAGUACCCAGCCUGGGACUUCCCUGGAACUGAGGGAAGCAUCGCUGUCUGGGAGAGCACUGAAGGCCACUCACCCUGUGCUGCUGGAAGUUCCACAGAACCACAUCACAUCGGAGAAGCUGCUGCCGGAGUUCCUAGAGCCCCAGGGUCAACUGUCCUCUCUAGCAUGCAGCCUGUGACAGCUUGCUUCAGGACAAAGCAACAGUGAAGUGAGAAAAUGUCAACGGGAGAAAAAGGGCCUGGCAAUCCUCUGGCCCUAACCUGCCUGUGCAUCCCACAUCCUCCGUCCAUCUGUCCAUCCGGGGUUUGUCCUGAAAGUGACACCCUCCAGCUCAGUGGGAGACUCUUGGUAGACAGACCUGUGGGCAGCAGGCCUGGCAGGAGCGGGACAGCCCUGAAGCAUUCUCCCUCAGUAUUACCUACCCUGCGCCACUGGCCUCACCCUCGAGACAGCUCAAGGAUCCGUGGUGUGGCCACCUGCCAGACCCCCAAGGAGAGAGGCCAAGAGUCGCCCUGGCAAAGUAUGCCUGCUAGCUGCUUCCACACCCCAUAGCCAUGUUAUCUGUAGAGUACCAGAUAGUGUUUGCUUUUUCCUCCCAAGCUGACAGAAGCUGGGCGUCAGUGAUCUGUUGGGUUGGAUUAAUGGGUCCUUCCCAAAAUGGGGCCUGAGGAAAUAGCAGGUGUCCAGCUGAUGUGUUGGGCCUUUUCUAGGAAAGGGACCAAGCCCCCUCAGGCGGAGAGGCCCAGAGUUACCUGCCAUAUCCCACAGAGUGGAGGUGUUUCCGAAGCCUCCACCACUAACCACCUUAGUUAGGGCUGGCCUUGUCCAAAGAAUGGGGGUGGGAGGGGCAAGGGGCAGAGACUCUCCUGUGACCCUGUCCCUAAGAUUGGAUCAGGGCGCUGGGUACGACCUGCAGACGUUCCUUUCUCUGAGGCACUCACCAGCUCUUGCAGGCUGCUCUGCCCCUUUUCUAUUGGGCCUCUUGGCCCAACUGCGUCCUUGUUAAUGAGGAGACCUGACACACACAGCCAGUGGAUUCCCCUCCACCUCAGGAGGGGACAGGCUCCCACCUCCCAUCCCAUCCCACCCUCCACACCCAAAGAGAAAUUCCUUCAAAACAGUUUGGGGCCUGUAGCCAGGGUGGGAGGGGCUUGUGCCCCACAGUCUCACAACCCUUUGGGUCAGUGCACCAAGAUCAAGUUGGUUUGUUUGUCUUGCGUUUUUUAUUUUGUUUUAUUUUCCUAAACAAUCAUCAAUGAGAUUUGUCUUUGGGCCCCAGCCUUGGCCUCUGGGCCUCAGAGCCUCAUGGCCAAGGCUGGGGCCAUGGUGAGCAUAGGAUAGGUGAGUACAGUGUGGCAGUGUUUGGAUCCCUCCACCCCUUUGAAAAUCCCCUUUUUGUAAAAGCCAGGCUUGGUAGUGGGCACCUGUCAUCCCUGCACUCAGGAGGCAGGGUCAGGAGGAUUACAGGUUCAAAGCCAGCCUGGUGUAUAUUAGAAAAAGAAAACUGUCCUUUUGCUAAAGAAAAAUGAAUUUUUAAGGCUGAAACCUGUGGCUAAGAUGGAGUCUGGAGCCUUCUUCUUGGAACAGUUAGCCAAAGACCCUCAUGGGCAAGGACAUCCGCUUGAAGCCCCACUCGCCAUCAGGCCACACUUUUAAAGAAAAAUUGUUCUCUAACCAGGAUUGUAACAAAAGUGUAAAUAGUAUUUCUGAGUUGAAAGUCGAUGGUGCAAAUAUGUAUAUAACGUACUGUAUUUUUACAAUGAUGGUCGCAUGGCUCUCCCACCCCCUUUUGUACUCAGUAUCUGUCUUCCAGAAACCUCACCUGCCUUCUCUCAUGUGGUCUCUUAAUCCAGUAAUUGUAUUACUGCCAUUAAAGGAUGCAGUUAUUUUAAACAGUC